UGUUGGCGAAGCGCUGUAAAACACGCCAUCCCAAGAAUAGCCCCCAUAGUAUGCGCUACCAAAGACGCGUGACGCAUAGACGAGUGGAGUGAGGAUAGCUGUUUACGGAAACCUCACAGGUUGAGUGAUGUAGGAGAUUGCCGGACACAGAGACGUAUUGAGUGAUUAUAGCUGUAUACUGAAACCUCAAGGGUUGAGUGAGGUAUGAGAUUACCAGACGCAUGGACGGGUUGAGUGGGGAAAGCUGCAUACUGAAACCCCACGGGUUGAGUGAUGUUGGAGUGCCGGACAUAUAGACGCGUUGAGUGGGGAUAGACACAUACUGAACCUCACAGGUGAUUUGUGAUGGAGAUUGCCAGACACAUCGACGUGUUGAGUGAGUAUAGCUGCAUACUAAAACCUCACAGAUGCAUUGAGUUUGCCAGACACAUCAACGCGCUGAGUGAGGAUAGCUACAUACUGAAACCUCACGAGUUGAGUGAUGUUGGAUAG